AUGUUAUCAGAAACGUGGCCGAGAUACGGCGUAGAGCGAGUCGCUACGCCACCCAGCAUCCCCGUAGCAGUCCGGCUUCGGGCGCCAAUCGAGGCGGACGCAUUAUCGGGACACCCCGCGCGGCGGGCGAUCUCAGCGCGCGAAAUGACACUCGUCUGCGAAGCGGAACUUCUCAUCAACUUCGAACGCAAGUCCGCGCGCCUC